GGUGUGUCUGCGGCCACCAUCGCGUUUUUCUUGUCAAUGAAAACACAUCGUCGCCUCCACUGACGAGGCUCGAACCUCCCGCACCGGAAAACAGGCCCGCGCUUCCGUCCGGGAUGUCUGCAGCCGACUGGUACGCUCACAAAUCGCUGGGAGACGGACUGUACUGGAUCCAGGAGCGGUUCUUCCAAUCGGAGAACCGGGCCAACAUCUGGCUGCUGCGCGGCUCGCACCAGGACGUGGUGAUCGACACCGGGCUGGGGUUGAGGAGCUUACCGGACUACAUCGACGCCAAGGGGCUGCUGGGAGACGAUCCGCAGAGGAAGAACCCGCUGCUGGCCGUCGCCACCCACGCCCACUUCGACCACUCCGGAGGCCUGCAUCAGUUCCAACAGGUGGGCGUCCACAGCGCGGAGGUCGAUGCUCUGGCCAACGGGGACAACUUCGAGACGGUCACCUGGCUCAGCGACCGGGAGAUCACCGAGGCUCCGAGUCCGGGCUGGAGGGCCCGGAACUACCGGGUGAAGGCGGUGCAGCCCACGCACAUCCUGCAGGAGGGUGAUGUCAUCAACCUGGGUGACAGGCAGCUGACGGUGCUUCACAUGCCCGGCCACUCUCGGGGUAGCAUCUGCCUGCACGACCGUGAAAAUAAGCUGCUGUUCAGCGGGGACGUGGUCUACGAUGGCGCCAUGAUCGACUGGCUGCCCUACAGCCACGUCAGCGAUUACAUCGGCAGCUGUGAGCGCCUGGUGGGGCUGGUGGACAGCGAACAGGUUGACCAAGUUCUUCCAGGACACUACAACACGUUCGGUGCAAAGCGGCUCCACCGCCUCGCAUCCACUUACAUCAGCAGAGCCGACACAUGUCCAGCCAAGUUCUCCACUUUUGCCUGGAGCGCGAUGGCUGGAGUGGCACUACGGGCAUUCAACCCGCGCAGCGCCUGCUAGUCAGAAAGCAAACAUGCACAAGUUGAAAAGAAAGUUUGCAAAUGGACAUCAAUUUUAAGAAUGAGAAACACGGACUUCUUAUUUAUUGUAACAUUGUUAAUUCACUUAUUUAAUCCAACAUAGUUCAUAUAAUUGCCAAACUUUGUGUAAACAUCCCAUCAUAUGGAGUGUAUACUAUAUUUAUUUGCGUGAUUGUGAAGAAUAUGUUUGGUUUUUGCAUAUGUGAAGUUAAAAAUGGCACAACUAAAAUACGAUUGCACUGCAAACAAAGCAAAACGGGAUGUCCUUUGUGACAUUUAAAGCAUUAUGGCCACAGUAUCUCUCUAUGCAUGUUCCUAAGCUGAGUUAACACUACCUCCUGUGUUUGUAACAGUGCUUUGUACUGAAUAAUCAAAGGAUUUGCUAUGGAAACAUUAACAAUAAAGCCUCUGUUCUGCCUUUC